UUGUGUAGAGCGCUAGGGCUUGAAGGAGAGAGUGCGGGUCUUGUAGGAGCCACUUUCCUCGCAUCGGAGAUUGGUUCUGGGAUGUAGGCUCAGGAAUUCGGAGUGAUGAGACGUCUCCCCAUGCACUCCGUCUCGCAUCUGUGAGUUCUUGGGAGCCAAGUGGAGCCAAGUGGAGCCGGAAUUAGUGCCGUUUUGAAGUUUUUGGACGGGGGUGAUUUUACUGAGGGAGCUUUUUGUCCGGCUUUCGACCUUGGGAGACUCUCGACCCUGCUUGUGGAGUCAUCUUGGAUGUGUUGGUGUGGGUAGAGAGAUGGUUUCUCGCGGUGUUCGUAUUUGAGAGGUAUGGAGCUGGUGGUCUGGGUGCCGCAUUUCUGAUCUAGCACUGCGAGGCUUCUGACGUGCACUUUUUUUGUGAAGAUUUUUAUUUUUAUGGGAUCCAUAAUGAAGGGGGUUCGGUGCACGCCAACGUGGUUGAUAAUUUUGGGAUUUCUGUUAGUAGCCCUGCAAGUGGAAGCAUCAAUUCACAUAUACAAGGAUGGAAAAUUUGUGGGAGAGAGUAAUGCAUUCAUCUACUGGGGUGGAAAUGAAGGACUCUAUGCCUCAUCUGAUCACGUGAAGGGGAAGGGUGUUGCCAACGGCAUAUCAUUUAUCUCGUUUGAGUCCAUCACCUUUACCCGAACCGAGGAAGCUGCAUUAAAGCAUGAAGCGGGAACUACCAAUUCUCAGGUUGAAGCUAUUAUAGUGGAGGUUAAGGACAAAAACAAAAUUGGCGACCAUUCUUUCCCUGGAAGAUUGGCUCUAUGUUGCUCCGGAGACCUUGCUAAAACUACGGGAUGUAGGGAAGGUAGCGUCAUAAUGGACCACGAUAGUAAUGGCUCGCCUUACUCGAUUCCGACUCACUUUACAGGUCAGAGUUUGCAAGCUGUCUUGAAUAUGAAAGUGAACAUCUCGAAAACAGGCAUGUACACGCUAAUUUUUGUUGCAUGUGAACGGGAAUUGGAAGGGCUGACUGUGGAAGGGCACACUGUGUGGAAGAAUCCUACGGGUUAUUUGCCUGGGCGAAUGGCGCCUUUCAUGACGUUUUAUGCGUUUAUGGCUCUUGCCUACGGGUUCUUGGGCGUGCUCUGGUUUUUCCAGUACAUGAGAAAUUGGAAGGAUAUACUCCAGCUUCAAAACUGCAUCAGUGCCGUGAUUGGUUUGGGCAUGUCUGAGAUGGCUCUUUGGUACUUUGAGUACCUCAAUUUCAACAUGACCGGACACAGGCCAAUGGGAAUCACAAUGUGGGCCGUCACGGUAGGGGCCGUGAAGAAAACUGUGUCGAGGCUAUUGAUUCUGGUUGUGUCCAUGGGAUUUGGUGUGGUGCGCCCCACUCUUGGUGGACUUACCUCAAAGGUUCUCCUUCUGGGAGGAACUUACUUUUUAGCCGCGGAGUCCUUGGACGUGGUUGAGAAUGUUAAUACAAUCAAUGACCCCCCUGGAAAAGAAAGACUGUUUUUGGUCUUGCCGGUUGCAAUGCUUGAUGCGUUUUUCAUCUUGUGGAUAUUCACCUCUUUGUCACGAACUCUGGAGAAGUUGCAGGCUCGAAGAAGGUUUGCCAAGCUUGAGCUUUACAGGAAGUUUACGAACUCUCUUGCAAUGGCGGUUGUAGUUUCUGUGGCAUGGAUAGGCUACGAGUUGUACUUCAAAGCAACUGAUCCCUUUGGUGAGCGGUGGCAGAGCUUUUGGAUCAUUCCGGCCUUUUGGUACGUGCUUGCAUUCAUUAUCCUCGUCGUGAUCUGUAUUUUGUGGGCCCCAUCCCAAAACUCAACACGAUAUGCCUACUCUGAAGAAGUUGGGGAGGAUUUGGAUGAAGAGGAGAUUGCACUUACAUCAUCAAGUAAACCAGCCUUGGUCCUUGAGGUUGAGAAAAGCGGGGUCAAACCUGAUGCGAUAGAGCGGAAGCCUAUCAAUACUGAUGUAUUUAGUUUGGAUGAUGAUUUAGAAGAAGACAAACGAGAUUAGUUAGUCUAAGACACUGCUUUUGCUGCUCUUUCGGAGGCUGCAAAUUCCUGCUUGGAUUUGAAUCUGAAGUUAAUCAACUAGUUUAGAGUAGCAUUUAGCUUCGUACACAUCGACAGUGAUAGUUUCAUUCUAAAUGUUUUGACAAGUGCGCAUGGAGAUCUUGUGUAGUCAUUCGAAGAUAGCGAGCUCUAAUGGCCGUUGAGCUUGUAAAUACCUCUCUGUUUUAGGUCACUAGUUAUGUGAACAUUGACCUACAUCAAUUUAAGAAGUUUCACGUCAUCACGA